GUGCGUUUAAUGACAUCACGGCUGCCUCUUGAGGCGAUCCCGACAGCGCAUAGCCUUUAUUACAUUGUUGCAUUGCUUUCUUCUAGAUACCUGAAAGAAUGAUUCCAGUUCUCCUGUUCACCCUUUUCGCCGGGGCAUUUGGUGCCACCGUCAGCGAUGCCAACCGCUACAUCGACCAGGUUCUCGGUUACCAAAUGGCUGACCUGGUACGUCGAAACCGGCUGGAUCCACUCGCGGUGGCUCCCUACAGCACCAACCUGGGCGCGCCCGGCACGCUAAGCGCGCAGAUGCGCGUCGUCAACGUCACCGGUCUGGGACUGAUCCGGCGCCAAGGCGACUGCGGCCGGCCCGGAUCAUCGGGACCCGGUCGCGUCACCGUCGGCUGCAACGUGGUCCUCGACCGCGUCGCCGUGAGCGCCACUUCCGACCUGAGCUACUUGGGCGCGCAACGGCGCGUUGGCACCCGGGCUGACUUUGCCACCAACCACGCACUGGUCGAGGUGACGUCCACUCUUGGCAGGCAGCCCACGGUCAAUUUCAAACUGCUCCGGCCACCCAGCCCACGCGUCUUCUUCAGCGGACUGAGGGACUUGCCCUUGUACAGUGUCAUCCAGAAGGGCUAUGAACAAGAGCUGUCUCGCGUCCUUCAGACGCAGCUCUCGGGGCCCUACCUCGCCAACCUCGGUCAAGCCUGCCGGGCCGUCCCCUUCCCACGUUAGCGUCUCCUGUCUCGCCACUGUCCGCAAAUAAAACAAGGUCUUAUGCUAGAAA